AUGUUACUGCCAGAUACAGCUCCAGUCCCUCAUCAUACCUUACGAACUGAUUAUCGCACGGGGGAUCUGAAACUAGGCCACAUUGCUGUUCUCGCUGAUUUGAGAAGGUAUCUGCAGGUUCCAUUCGAUUGCCUCAUGAAAUGUGUUGGUGCCAUGCCCUCUCAGCAAGAUCUGCAGUGGAUAUGCCACAACUUGACAGAGUGCAAGAUUCUCACCGACAACGAGAGUGGCUUGCAAUGGACGGACUUUACCCCACCUGCCACAUCGAAAGGGUCUGAAGAGAAUGUGUUUAAGCCCCUCGGUCGCAUCAUCAUUGAAAUUUUGGUACAAGUCCCGAAUAGUGCAGUGUCCUUCCUAGCGAACCCAAAUGGAACACCCCUCUCGCAGUGCAACAAUACUUUCAGGCCUGAUGGAUACCUUGUACUUAGCAACAAAAAAACUGAGCCCAAGAUACAUUGGUUCAAUAUUGCUGUGCCAUUCGAGUUCAAGAAGGGAUGGGAUAUUUGUUACAGUUUAGCACUGCCAGAUCUCAUCCGAGAGGACAAACAGAAGAUAAUCUGGAGCCUUCACAGUAUCAUGCGCGAGGAUCUUCUUCGUCGGUUUGUGUUCAGUAUCACAAUCGAGGACAUGCAAUUGAGACUGUGGCUCAGCAAUCAUGCAUUCCUUGCAGUUACAGAACCUAUCGACAUCUUCAAGCUCGGAUGGGACCCUACUGUCAAGUGGAUCUGUGAUGGGAAGGAUUUCCAAUACAAGUUCACUAUCGGGGACGAAGUGUUCACCACAACACGUGAACUUGCAACCUAUGGUGCAGACUCUAUGGUUGGGCGUGGAACUCGUGUGUACGAAGCCACAGACGCCAAGGGAAAGAAGGUUGCCAUCAAAGAUUCAUGGAGAGAAGAGUUGGCGGAUGCCGAGAGGCACUUCAUUGGAGUCUGGCUCUGGAAGGAUGUUAUAAUCAACGAUACCCGAGACAAGACGCUGGACCCGAUGGUUUCAGGAGAGCAUAAUCGUACCUGGGAGUGGGUGUCCAUCAAUUCCAAUCCCAUCCUCUCCAUGAGACCACAUUUACCUAGCACAGGCGACGUACCCGACUCUGGUUGGCUGUCUCCCCUUCUUCCCACACGAUUGGGCAGUAUUGCACGAAAUGACACUGGCAUCCCACGCAGAGUCCAUACUUGCACUGUGUUCCAUGAUGUCAGAGUUGCUGUCAAUGAUGUCACCUCUUUGGCCGACAUUCUGAGUUGCUUGUUAGGCGCGCUCAAGGCCUUGCAAUAUAUGCACAAAGCAGGCUGGGUUCAUCGCGAUUUCAGCAUCGGGAACACAAUUUGGGUUGGGGGUAUCGGGAAAUUGGGUGACUUCGAGUACGCGAAAAAGAUAGAUUCAAAUACUUCUCAUGAUGUUCGAAUGGGAACAAUGCAUUUCAUGGCGCUGGAAGUAGAAAGCCAGAAAUACCUUUUCUGCUCAGAUCCCGACUCCCUCCCAUUCAAUACAGACCUCCCGUCCGACAUUCCAUUUCACAUGAAUUUCCUGCACGACAUCGAAUCCAUAUGGUGGGUUUUUACCUGGAUCUUCUUUUAUCACAUGGACACAGAAUCAGCGAACACCGGCCAUUCCUUUGAUACUCAGUGGGAACAAUUCCAGUUGGCCUUCCCUGGUGCGGUCGGCUGUGCAUCACGCUGGCACUUCUUUAACAACUUAAGAAAACUCCAUAAGAGCUGCCAAACUGUCCUUUCAAAGACGUGCUUUGAUGUUUGCCAUCAUAUCCCUCAUUUCGCAAAAGCUCUCCAAGAUGGCUAUCGAAAGGUGGAGGCAAAUUAUCCCGAGCUAGCGCUUGACGACACUCUUCUGGAAGAUAUGCACGGAAGAGCUGCAGAAUUUCUCCGCGAUGCACGAGAACGUGCUGGAGUUAUACAACUUUGUCUGCUCCCCAACUUCCAGAAGCAGAAGAGGCCCAGGCCAGGAGAUGAGACAUUGCCUCCGCCAGGGAAGAAGCCGCAACAUGAUUGA